AUGGCAUUAGGACGCAAAGGUUAUCAAUGUGAAAUAAUAGGAAAAAACGAAACGAGGGGACAAGAAAUUAGAUUAUUCAGAAAUAGGAAUAAUAGAAACAGCGAGCAAAGUUUUCUACGAUGCUGUGAACAGAAAUCAACGGUGUCCGAUUUGGUGUAUAAUUAUUUAAGAAAGGUCGCGUAUACCGAUAGCGUUCGAAAACAUCGCAACAAUGCGUGCAAUAAGUUUCGAAGAAAUACGAGAAAAACGAUCGUCCAUCCGUCGCGCAGAUAUUCAAAUGCAGAUGGUAACGGAUUAAAAUCUUAUAUAAGUAAAGCACUUUCUUUCGCGGUGCAUUCAGGUUAUUUAAUUCCUACCGAUGGAACCGGAAGGUUCCUUGCACUUUCUCCGUGUUUGAUGUUACAUCAUACGCUGACAGAUACAAAUGAUACACAUAAAUCAAGAGAUAAAUAAUUCGUGAAAGUUAAAUGAUACUGACAAUGAAAAAAAAAAGGCAAGACAAUGAUUGAACAAAAGGUUCUGGUUCUUCGUCAGUUGUAGUUUCACACUCGCAAUAGUCACCUUUAUCAAUGCGUUUUCUGCGACGUUUCGGUGUUCUAACUGGUGAAGACAUCGU